AACAGAUAGAGCAAUUACUACACAUCUCUUAAAUCUUACAAAUAAUCAAUACACCAAAUGGAAAAAUAAAACUCAUACAGAGCGUCAGAAUAAUUUAAAUUUAAAUCAACAAAUUUUGAGUGACAAUAUCUCAGAUUUUCUUGUGAAGCUAAGAUUAUACUUGCAAAACCAAGAUGUAAAUCCAGCAGAUAAUGCAGGAGGUCCACCAACAAGAAGAGAGUAG